AGAUAACCAAGACAUCCUUUUGGUUCAAGUUUACGUAGAUGAUAUCAUAUUCGGUGCUACUAACGAGGUUUUGUGCAGGGAUUUUUCCGAUAUGAUGCAAAGUGAAUUUGAGAUGUCGAUGAUGGGAGAAUUAAAGUUCUUCCUUGGGCUACAAAUUAGACAAUGCAAAGAAGGGACAUUCGUGUGUCAAACGAAAUAUUGCAGGGAAUUGCUUAAGAGAUUCGAUGUUACCGAAUCCAAAUCCAUUGACACACCGAUGAGCACCUCUUGCUAUCUCGACAAGGAUGAAAAAGGUAAAGAGGUAGACAUCAAACGCUACCGAGGGCCUUUCAGAGGGAAGAUGCCAAGGACCAAGAACUCGCGCCAGGAAACAGCGGCGGCGGCGGAGGAAGAGGACCGUCCAUGGCGUAAGGAAGGAGCCAAAUACUUCCACAUUCAAACCGGGUUUGUCUUCAGGACGGGAGCAUCAGUUGAGAGGUUCCACAACAACUUUCUCACGAAGGAAAUCGUUUCACCAAAGAUUGUGUACAAAGACCUCUUCAAAUCGGCGACCUUUGCCCCGAGUAAGUCUCUUUUUGCUGAGCAAAAUUUGCUUCGUUUCAUUCACUUGACGUAUGAAUUCUUUUGUCCAAAUCUUAUACGUCAAUUUUAUGCAAAUCUUCGUACCACUAAGGGAGACUCGCCAUCUCUCGUUUCCUAUGUUGACGGCAAAAGCAUUGAAAUUGAUAGUGCCGGUUUGACCUCUCUCUUUGGCCUUCGCCGAGGUGAAAUUACCGAAAACUUAGAUGAAACAUUCCAAGAUGAGGCAAUUUGGCGACAACUCGGGUUAGACUCUCGUGACCUCAAGUUUAGAAACUCUAACAACCCGAGUGUCAUCAACCUCACUUUGAUUCAACGCGUUCAACAAUACAUCUUCUCCUAUGUUUUAUUGCCCCGUGAUUCGAACCAUGGCGUUGUCAACAAGGAUGAUAUUCGUUUGUUUCACGUCCUGUUGAACAAUGUCAAAUUUGAUUGGGUUCACUUCUUUGUCGUUGCACUUAGUGAUGGUACUCGUUUUUCCCAUCUCCGUUUUGCCAUCCCGAUCAUGCAUAUCAUUGCUCGUAGCAAAGUGGAUUUUACUCGGGACACUCAGGUGCCGGUCAAGAAGACGUGCUUCAUCACUGAAGCCAAGUUUUCCCGGAUCGUGUAUUGAGAGGAGGGCGAUGUUGCACCAAAUCUAAACCUGAUAGUCGCCGAAGAAGAAGAAGAAAGCCAAAACAAGAAUCAAGCUGAGUCAUCUCA